AUGGCACCCGCCAAAGCGCCUGCGGGCCACUUCUCGAUCCUGUACUUUGCAGCAGCCUCCACCUUCACUGGCAAGACGAGCGAACAUCUGCCUGCACCCGUCCGAGCUCGCGAUGUCUUUGCUAUGCUGGAGGAGCGGUACCCGGAUAUUCGUGACAAGGUGCUGAGCAGCUGCGCGAUGACGAUCAACAUGGAGUAUGUCGACGUUGGCGAAGAUGAUGCCGAGGACGCGAACAAGCAGAUCGUGGAAGGUGAUGAGGUUGCUAUUAUCCCACCCUUGCUCUUCUUGAUGUCAGAGAAUUUGGACCCUCGUCUCUUUUCGAGCGCCUCAGUGCCACCUUCACGGCCGCAGGUAUACGCGUCUGCACCGCAACAGCAGCAGCAAAACACCGGCCACCCAUACUACCUGCCAUCUCCAACCGCUCAAAACCAUCCCCAGCUAUCGCAGCCCGCCCCACUAGGGAACAUUCUUGAUCCCGCCCUUGCGCAGACAUCGCCGGCUGCACCAGAGCACGAUGACGACGACCACGACGACCACGACGACGCGCAUGAACACGACACGCCUGGUUCUGGCAAAUCUCCCGCCGACCUCAAGCGCCCACGAGCAUGCGAUUCAUGUCGAGGAUUAAAAGUCCGCUGCGACCAAGAGCGACCUGAUGUAUCAUGCAGACGAUGCGCAAAAGCAGGCCGACCUUGCAUCACAACACCGCCGACACGGAAGCGCCAGAAGAAGGCCGACAGUAGAGUCGCUGAGCUCGAACGCAAGAUCGAUGCAUUGACAGCUACACUACACGCGCAGAAGUCGGGAGUACCGGAAUUGAGGCACCAUGGAGGCAUACCACAACCCGACGCCAACGCCAACACGAUGCCCCUGCCGGUUGAGGGUCAAUAUCGCAUGGGAACAGUCGAACACGACUGGGCGCAGCCGCCGACGGCCAGAUACCCAGACAUACCAGCCGGCUAUGGUCCGGCACAGAGCUUGCAGAGAGGGCCCGAGCCAAAGCGUAGGAAGCUGGACAAUGCGCACGCUACGAUUCCCGAGGACAUGGAUGCUAUUCAUCGCGAUCUAGCAGAGCACCCCGAAAUGCGACGAACAAGCAAGAACAAGAUCCACGCCGACCAUUCGCACAUCAACACCCUGAUCGACAACCUCAUGACACCGGACAUUGCAGAGCGGGUUUUCCUCCGCUACGUGAACGAGAUUUGUCCACAUUUCCCAGCGGUACCUUUCCCUCCUGGUACGACAGCGCGUGAAGUCCGAGAAAAGAAGCCGCUUCUUUUUCUCGCUGUUCUCGCAGGAUCUUCGCAUGGAAGUGCAGAACAACUGGUCUCGCAAGAAGCGCAACGCGAGUUGACCAAGCUCCUCAAAGAUCAGCUUGCCGAUAUCAUUUGGCGCAACGGAGAAAAGUCGCUCGAAAUCGUUCAGGCAUUACACAUCUCUGUGCUUUGGUAUCGGCCGCCUCUCCAUUUUGAGCAGCACAACUUCUACAUGAUGGUCAAUUGCGCUGCCGUAAUGGCUCUUGACCUAGGUCUCGGACGGAAAGCAACUCCAAAUGUCAUGAAACUUUCCGUCGGUCCGUUCAAAAGGUACCAUCCCAACUCUAGCAGUGUCGAAGCCCGUCGGACAUUCCUUGUGUGUUACUAUCUCUGCAUGAGUAUCACAAUGGUUCUGCGACGACCAAUCCUGCUCCGCUGGACCAAUUACAUGGCGGAGAGUGUUCGCAUACUUGAGACCUCGCCCGAGGCAUUGCCUUCAGACAGACUGCUUUGCCAGCAGGUCAAGAUGGCCCAUAUAGGAGAAAAGAUCUCAGUGGAGUUCUGCAUGGAUGACCCUUCAGUCGAGGUCACCAUUUCCGAUCCAAAAGUCAUCUACGCUCUGAAGAUUUUUGAGAACGAGCUCAGCUCACUCAGGGAGGAGAACUCCACCUUGGGUGAAAUCGAUCCAACCCUUCGCUUGGCAGAACACGUCACAAACCUAUACCUGCAUGAAAUUGCACUGCACCAAAACCAAGGCUCUGCCGAUCUACAGCCCCCUUUCGUUUCAGAUGCGCUGUCGCCCUCUCUACCAUCUGGAGUCAAGAAAGAUGUACCUGCCGGCCCAGCACACAUAGGUGCUCUAGGUGAUUGUCUGACUGCUACACAUGGUAUCCUAGACACCAUCCUAAGUAUCGAACUUGACAUCCUGCUGACUCUGCCUGUCAUUUUCUGUGUGCGAGCCAUUUACGCGAUCGUCUGCUUAAUGAAGAUGUGGGUAUCAGUCACUAGCUCUGGCGAAGUGGGUAGUAUCAUCUGCCAAGAAGAUCUCAAGAUCGAGGCCUAUACCGAACAGCUAGUCUCCAUGUUCAAUGCCAUUGUCUCCCGCGAUGCGCAAUCGCCCCAUGGAAAGUUCUACUUCGUUGCAAAGCGCCUCCAAGAGCGGUUCGCUCACAUCAAGGAAGGUGCCGCUGGCGAGCAACAAACGGAUCCCGAAUACGAUUCUACUCGAAACAACAGUCAAACUUCACGACCCUCCACGCGCCAAUCACCCGCAAACCAAACCCCGCUUCACCUUCUCUCGGAAGUCGCAAUGGGUAGCAGCAACAAUGUCGCUUCUCAGCAGCAGCAGCAGCAGCAGCAGCAGACGCAAGCGCAGGCACAGGCGCAAUCUCGUUCUCAACAACAAGCUCAGGCCGCUCUACAGGCCCACGCGCAGCAUUCUCAGCAAGCCAUGCCAAACUGGUAUCCUAACAUGAAUGCACAGCCUACUCCAGAUAUGAUGGGUCUUGGCGCACAACAACCAUUCGAUAUCAACUUCGAUUUCACCCAAUUCGAUUUAGGCACAGGUUCGGACGCAGAUCUGUCAGCACUGUUCAUCCCGGACUCAAUGGCAAUGUGGGGUUACCCUGCCGAUCCCAACAUGCAGGGUGGUUACAACGGAUACUGA